CCUGCAGUGUGAUGGGUGUUUCAACACACUGGAAAAAAAAACCAGGGCACAGGGUUCUUUCCUUUUUUUUUUUUUUUUUUAGGGCAACUUGCUGAGUGAGGCUCAUCACACAGCAAAGGUCAUCUCUCAAGGAUCAUCAAGCUCCGCCUCUGUUGAAAGGGACAAGAAGCUAGCCCACAGGAGAGAGGCAGUGGAGAUAAUAAUAGUAUUAGCAUGGAUGGUGGCAGAGACUGAUCAAAUGGCCUCAGCCUUGUUCUGGGAACCUUCUGAGGCAGGACUGUGCGUUGGCAGGACAAAUUAUUGAGUGAUAACAUGCCACAAAACCAAAUCGCCAAGAAUUGUGAGGAAGGUGUGCUUUGUAUUAAUUUCUGAGCCGGCAGGGGAUGGAGUUCACGAAUGGAAGGAGGGAUAGGUUUUACACGGGCAGUCAUGAAGAAGAGCAACAGGUACGGCGGGUAGAUCAGGCGCCUCUUUUAAUGGUCUCUUCUUCUUCUUCUUCGUCCUCCUCCUCCGCUUUGUCGUCGGCGGUUGGGAGGCCUGAUUUCCGGGGGGAGAAUUGGACGGUGCUGGAGAGGGAGCAGAUGUUCGAGAAGGUGGUGACGCCGAGCGACGUCGGGAAACUGAACCGGCUGGUGAUCCCAAAGCAGCACGCGGAGAAGUACUUCCCGUUGGACGCGGUGGCGGACGGAGGGAAGGGGCUGCUGCUGAGCUUCGAGGACCAGACGGGGAAGGCGUGGCGGUUCCGCUACUCCUACUGGAACAGCAGCCAGAGCUACGUGAUGACCAAGGGCUGGAGCCGCUUCGUCAAGGAGAAGCACCUCGACGCCGGCGACACCGUCUGCUUCAGCCGCAGAGGGGACCGCCUCUUCAUCGACUGGAAAAAGCGUUUCAUCCGGGACCCCGCGGCGGCAGCUCGGGGAGGCAGAAUUAAUCUCCCUUUCACCGGAUUCUCUUUCGGGCCGGCCCCCGUCGUCGGUCCAUGGGGAGCUACUUCUCCCAGCUUCCUAGCGCCUUCCGCGCCCACCCCCGCCUACGGCGCGCAGAUUGUCUUCUUCCGGUCACCGCUGACGGCGCCGCCCCCAUGCGAGGUACGACCCGGCGAUGUGUCGGUCGUCCUCGAGUCGACGACGCCAGCUUCCGUCGGCACCCCGGCCACAGCCAAGCGCGUGAAAUUAUUUGGGGUGAACCUCUACUGCCCUGAAUCGGAAGGCGGCGGCAGCAGCGGCGGCGGCGAGACACAAGCUUCUUCAUCGCCAGCGUCGGUGACCAAGGACCAGGAGCAGCAGCAUUCAUCCUCCUCCUUGAAUCUUGAUCUAUGAUUCCAAUUCACAGCCUUUCGAUUAACAGAAUCGAACAAGAAGCCAACCCACAUCCUCCUCCUCCUCCUCCUCCUCCUCCUCCUCCUCCCCCUCUUCCUAGUUAUAUAUAUAUAUAUAUAUAUAUAUAAAUAUAUAAAUAUAUAUAUUUAUAUCUCCAGGAUCACAUAUAAAUUUGUUUUUGUAAUGCCUACCAAGGAAGUUCAUCAAUUGCUCAUCUUUUUUCUUCGCAAUGUUAAUUUGCCUUCAAAACUAUAAAAAAAUAAUCAGAAAGUCAGAAUCUUUAUCAAUAUUUAAUUAAGAUUUCACUGCCUCUAAAUUUCUCUCUCACAGAUGGUUCCAAAGAAGUGGACUUGACGGCAUUCCUUAAAAUCGAGGACAUCGAGACAGUUCUGGAGCAAGAAAAGGUCAGAUCCAAAUCCUUCUCCGUCUAAUUUUUAUGUUGGGAUUUAUCCUUCUUUUGUUUUGUCUGGCUAGCUCUUCACCUAUCUUUCGUAGCUAUAGGUCACUGUAGCAUUGUAGCAAGUCUGAGUGAUCUUAAUCUCACCAUAUUAUUGUAUAUGCUUCUAAUAAUAUAAUUUCUUGAGCAACAA